GGUGAUGAAAAAAGCGCGGCGAAAUGAUCUGUUGAUUCAUCCACUUACAAAGAAGUUAUUACAAGUGAACUGGCAACAUGGUGUACGAUAUUGUUACUACAGUGAGAUGUGUCUGCUUGCAGUUGUCAUGAUAUUGUUGACUUUUUUUAUGGUAAAUUUGAGAAAGUUGAUUGCAGAUUGUUAUCUUUCAUCAAUUAAACAAAACAUUUCCGACGCCUUUUUUACCGAUGAUGAAUUUUGUUCCGAUAAGAUUUCCUAUGAUCGACAAAUGAUGUUCAUUUCCCGUACAACAUUUUUCGUUUAUUUUGUUGGAUGUUUGCUCAAAGAACUAAACCAACUACGUAUCGAAGGCCGGGAAUAUUUUUUUGAAAUUGCCAACUAUCUUGAUAUUACUGUCUCCGUAUUGUUUUUGGCUUUUCUACAAGUGCCUAGCUCCGAUCCUAUACCUUUCCGUCGACUCAACUUUGGAGCUAUGGGCUUGUUUGCUUACUACUUUUUGAUGUUUCUGUGGACUAGAGGGUGAGAUAAAUAUUGCGAUAUUUUUUUUAACAUGAUGUUAAGAUUAAGAAGACAUUUAGUUUGACAUUUUCUGUUUGUCGCUUCUUUUUCGUAAACGUUUUUAGUUUGUCUCGUUUUGGCAUCUAUAUUACAAUGUUCUUGGAGGUGUUGUUGACGUUGAUUCAGGUAAUCUCUGGAUUUGCUGUACUUUUCUCGGCUUUACCUUUUCAUUUUACAUGACUUUCACGAAAUCGGACGAAAAAGAAUUCAAUACCAUUCGGAAUUCGUUAUUGAGAGUAAUAGCCAUGAUGAUGGGCGAAUUAGAUUAUGAGGGUUUUCGUGAAAGCGUCAUUCCUUUACAACCUGACAUGGAAAGAGUUGCCAUUAUCAUUUUUGUCGUGUUUUGUGUAACAGUGUCCCUUGUCGUAAAUAAUUUAUUGAUUGGUUUGGCUGUUGGUGACAUUGAAUCUGUUCAAAAGAAUGCUGAAAUUAAACUUCUUUCUCUUCAGGUGACACAAAUUCAAGAGUUCAGAAAAAAAUUAUUUUUUCCUGGUUUACUUCGAAGGUGUUACGUUAAAACACACAUUGAGAUGCCAAACGGCCGUGACUGUAAGGCAGAAAUGGCUCUAAAACAGACUCGUGAAUCAAAGAUAAGAAAAACAUAUGAGAAAGGUUUGAAAAAUUUGUCUUUUUCAUCAGAUGCUGGAGCAAUGACUUGAUGAGUAGAUGUUAUCAUUGUUUAUUCACUUUAUUGUUGUAAAAGCAUUUGUUAAAUUUGUUAAAAACUGACUUUCUUUGCUCUGAAAACUUUUAAUAAAUUGUAGUAAACUUUAGAAUAUAAAACAAUCAAUAAAGUCAUUAGUGCUUUCCUAAAAAA